UAUUAUAAAUAUUGUAAUUUGUCUCUGGUCUACACAGCACUUACAUGAUGGCACUGACUGUGGCUGCUUAGAUAGCUCAGUACCACAUGGGCUAACACUGCUUACAAUUUUCAUGAACCUACUAAUAAAAUAUUUAUCUUUGACAGAUUCCCCUGAUCAAUAUCAGUGCCAUCACUGUGGAAGCUGGACCAGUUCCCGCGCGGCCAUGAUCAAGCAUCUUGAGAUACAUGGAGAGAAGAAAUAUUCAUGUGCUGCGUGCGGCUACAGUACGUACACGAUCGAGGUGAUGCAGCGGCACUUGCUGACGCACGUGGACGACAAGCCCUACAAGUGCACGCUCUGCGACAAGUCCUACAUCCAGCGCGCGCAGCUGCAGCGACAUCUAGACAAGCACAACGGCAACAUGUGUCCCGUGUGCAAGCAGACCUUCGAGACCAAUGCUAAUUUAAUGAUCCACAUGAGAGAACAUUUUGGGCUGGAGAAAUUAUUUUGCCCAGUUAAGCUGUGUACUUAUUCGAAAAGAGAAUUCAUGAAUGAAAAUAGCUUCCAGAACCACCUGAAAAUGCAUGUAUACAACAAACAGUACAAGUGCGACGUGUGCACGAAGUCGUUCCACUCGGAGAUGAACCUGCGGCGGCACCUGGAGACGCACACGCUGGACCGGCCGCGCCGCUGCAUGUACUGCGUGUCGGCGCGCGCCUACGUGCGCGGCGAGCAGCUGCUGCGCCACGUGCGCAAGCUGCACCCCGACGUGUUCCGCGGCCAUCUGCAGCACGUGCGGCAGGUGCUGGGUUCCAAUGUCUCCAUAGAACGAGUCAAGAAGUCAGAAAUGGAAUCAAUACUCAACCUGCUGGAUGUUGAAUCAGAACGUAUACUUCAGGGUUACAGCGGCUCCGGCGUACUGUACGGCGGCAUGCAGGAAGAUCAGGCGAGCCCCAGUAGUGACCAACAGAAGAGCGGUAAUAGCCCUCUCAUGUCAGAGGAGGAUCUUACAGAAAUCUUGCAGAAGCUUCUUACCCGACUUAUUGACAAAGAAACUUUGGAACUGUUUGGCUGGCCUGAUAAACCUGUUGAUGUGGUAUUGGAGAAAGUGAUCACUCAGUGCGGUGCAAAGCCCGCUGACCGUGAGAAGUGGACACGCGUGCAGCGUCUGCGCGAGAAUUCCAAGCAUUUGUUCUUGAGCGUAAUAGAGGACAAAAACAUCACGCGCAUGCUUGAAACGCACACCAUCGAUCAGAUCGUCAAGCACAUCCUCCAGCAAGUCAGCGAGGAUGACACCAAUGAAACUGCCGACAAGUAAGACCCUUCACAGUGGAAGUGAGAGAAAAGCGUCAGAUCGCGUCUAUUUUGAAAUAUCAUAGUUACUAUUUUGAUUGUAUUUUUCCACUGUAGUGCCUUUUUAGCUAGUAGCUACUUUAAAAAAA